UCUCGCAUCCGGUCAGCCAGUGGUCAUGCUGGCAUGGUGGAGCUGCCGUUGGCGUUCGACAGAAUCCAAGAAGAUGUACAUGCAACCUGCAAGAGAUGUGCAUGCCAAGCGGAAACUUGUUAACACUGGAGAUGAGUUGAUGUUCCCUGUGAAUGCUCGAAGGACGUGCCGAAGAGAAAGAUCCGCAUCACGAAACGUGGAGAAGCGUAUCGUUUGGAGCGAGUGCUGCGGAGGGCAGAAUUCUAGUAAUUAUGUAUGCGUGUUUGACAUAUGUUCCGGGGGUCAUCUCACCCUUCUUCCCAUUUCUUGUUUCCCUUCUCCUACAACUCUCCCACCCUUGUGAAUUUCUAUAUGCCAAACCCAUCAGAAUGCUCACAGGUUUCCAAAGUUUUUGUUCACCCCGAAGCGUGGGCCAUCGCACCAGGCCGGGUCAAAAAAAUAUGACCGACUGGGAGGUGCUCAAACAGUUGUUGGACCGCAACCCCUACGUUUUGCUACACGUUUUCACCUCCGGCGUACUGUCAUUAAUUUACAAUAGCCUGCAGUAUACCAUGGUCCACAAACUCUCAGCCACGCAUGCCACCUUUGCGGGCAACUUCAACAAGGCUGCCACCAUUGCCUUGUCAUUAUUCUUGGGCCUCGAGGCACUCCCCUCUGGCUUGUACGGGAAGAUCUUCGUCCUAGCUAUCUUGGGCAACAUCACGGCCUUCACUGCCUUUAGUGCUUCAAAGGCCAAAUGACUGAGAGACGAGGGGACUUCCGUGGUAGCAAGUCUCGCGCCAUGGCGAGCUUUCUCCCCACCAAUCGGGUGACACCGUUUUGUGCAAAUUGGUUCGGUAAGAAGAAGUGACAGCGGUUGCCGUUUGGAUGUGAGAACACUUGCUAGUCCGAAUCGUUGCAAGCCGCGGGAGCUUGUAACUGUCAUGUACAGCAAUUGAUUUCAAUAAUGAAUGUUGGUCAUUUGGAAGACCAAGGCCCUUCGCAAAUUCUGGGCAGUUGUCGAUUUGAAGUGCCCAUGUGGGACGUCGCGUUUUUUCGUGGUUUCAGUUUCGCACGUCCAGAGUGAGGAGAAGCAAUCGAUCAGUUAUCAGUCAGAGUAAACUCUUUAGUAGCCCAGAGAGUAGGCAUGUUAAUCCGCAACAUGGUCAAGUGAUUCAGCUUGAGACGGAGCUGGCUUCAGCUUUUUCUCCCAGCACCAUGUGCAAUUUCUUUUGGGGAGUACAAAGCCGGUCAUGAAAAAACACACGUUGGCCAGGAAGGUCCGCGGGACUUUUGGGGUGCGAGUAAGGUUCGCAUGGGAUUGUCAAUGGCCUUUUUUGGUUGCAUCCACGUUUGGCAAUCAUGGGAGUACCGUCCGGAUGGAGUUCUGCAACAAAUGGUAGCUUUUGUCUUGCACUCUGAUUUUGGAGUUGAUCAUUUGGCUGGCCGCGAGCAGCCCUGUUUUGCAGAACGGAUGGAUCACUGAGAUUCUGUGGCUCUUGGAAAAGGUUGCGCGAUUGAGACUGAAUGUCAUGACGUUGCUUGACCCAGGCAAUCGUCAGAUACAGACGAGAUUGGCCAAUGCUGCCGGAGGUGUUGCGCAAUCGUCAGAUGUUGCGUAAAAAUCAGGCUGCCUCGCGCGUACUGUGCUUGCCUUGCUACAGGCAGUU